AAUCCCAGAUAGAUCAACACCUGAAGUAGUCAGGGCACUUAUAAAGUAUUUUUCAUUCUACGGCGUACCUACUAAAAUCAGUUCAGACCCUGGUUCUGAAUUCAAUAAUAAACUCAUGAAAGAUUUAAUGACAUUAUAUAAAAUAGACAUUCACAUAGGCACCCCUAACAAUCCAAACUCAAUGGGAUUAAUAGAACGAUUCCAUUCCACAAUUUUAGAAAUAUAUAGACUUGCGAAAUAUGAACAUAAAUUCACAGAUGCUACAUCAGUGAUGACUUAUGCUAUAAUGGCUUACAAUCAAACAAUCCAUUCAGUAACAGGUCUCACUCCGUUUGAAGUAGUAUUUGGUCACACGGAAAAUAACAAUCAAUUCAAUUUAAAUUUUGAUAAAGAAUAUACUCAACAACUAGUUAGGGAUCAUGCAAAAAGAACUCACUACUUAUACAAAUACUUAACCGAUAAAAUAGGAACUAGGAAAGAAAAAGUUCAACAAAGUAGAGUAGGAGAAACUAAUUUUGAUUUAAAUGAAGGUGAUAAUGUUUUUAUUAAAGGCAUAAAUCGACGUAGAAGCAAGGAUAAGCCCAGGUUCGUCCUGCUAGUGACCCAAGCAGUAACGAUCCGGGCCCUUCAACUUCAAAAGGUUGAGAAGAAUCCAGGCGUUCUCCCUCUUAGAGAAGGAAUCGCUAUGAUUACGUAUGAUAAGUGGAUAGUAAUUAAGACAUUAGAUAUUAAACUUAUUAAGGAAGAAUUAGAAUUUAAUAUGCAUAGGUAUAUAGAACUAAAUAGAAUAGUAGAAUUACAGUUAAAUACCAGUAGCUCUUCGUUAAUAUACUUCAAUGAUGUUAAGCUUCAAGUUAAUUAUAUGUUAAAUAUCACAUUGAACAAAUAUUCAGAAAUUGUACCAAUUAAUAGACAGAAAAGAGGACUCAUUAAUCCUUUGGGAUCUCUAGUUAAAAUGAUAACAGGAAAUUUGGAUUACGAUGAUGCUAUUAAAUAUGACAACUUAAUAAAAAAUGUAAAAUCUCGUGAACAUUCUCUGGAAAAGAAAACUACUGUUAUAUCCGAAAUGAUAAGACUUGUUGCAAACUCUACUAUAAAUAUUACAAACAAUCUCGAACAAUUAAGUGAUGCAAUUAAUAAAAUUAAUAAAAAUAUUAAAGACAUUUCAAUUAUUUCACAUGUUAACCAAAUAACACAUAUCUAUAAUUCCUUCUUACAUAAUUUUCAAAUAAUUUACACAAAAUUGACCGAGAUUGAAAACAUUUUAGCAUUCAGUAGAAUGGGCGUAUUACAUCAAUCUAUAAUUAAUACUAAUGAACUCAUUAAUGUACUUAGAAUCAUAGAGAAAACAGAUAAGCUGAUAUUUAAAGUAAUUCCUGAAAAUAUUGUAAGAAUUGAACAGUCCAUGACAUUGAAAUCGUAUUUUAAGAACAAUGUUAUUACUUUAGUAUUAGAAAUACCCUUAGUUAAGAAAGAAACUUAUUUGCGGGCAGCAGCAGGUGGGCGUCUUAUUGAGAUACACGGCGAAGCUAAUAAAGAAAAAGCAGAUUUACUCGCCAGAAAAUUAAAAGUUGCGCUGACUACAACGGCGAGAGUUAGUAGACCUGAAAAAAUGGUGUGUAUGAGGGUUUAA